AUGGCGGACUUUUUCUGGAUGGACUCGGGCAGCUCCCAUUUAGGCAUCCCUGGACAGUUGAGGAUGCCAGCUGCGUUGACCCAUGUGCACACGCCGCAGAAGAUUUCCUAUGCCCAGGCUUUUCGCUUCGAGCGGGAGGAGGAGCCUUGCCUCGUGACUCCACCGAAAGGCGCUGUUUCUCCUAGUUUUCGCCAGCCAGAAUGGCGACAGCAUCAGGCUCCAUUGAAGGAUGAGACGAGGCAGUGCGCAGCUCCAAUGGGAAGGCAGAGCAAAGCGGCCACGUGCGAUCAAGUGGAGGAGACUCUGCGGGACGUUCGAGUUCUGUCAUCAGGUGGCGAUACCACUGGUUGGUCCUGGCAGGAGCUGCCAGAGCAAGUGCGGAAUGCUUUGCGGUUCUUGCGGACGCUGCCAGCCCUGCCGCACAGCGUUGGAACCAGGCCUUUUCUCCCUGCUACUUGGCCUCUGGAAGCCAAGCCGACCCUGGUUUUGGACCUGGAUGAAACUCUCGUGCAUUGCUGUCGAGGAUCGUCUCCUGUUGACAUCAUCCGACCACCUGACUUGCAGGUGGAGUUCGAUGACGCCGUUGGCUCUGGGCGCGUUUAUUAUCGCCCGUUCGCGCAAAUCUUUCUGGAGGUGAUCUCCAGAACGUUCGAAGUUGUGAUCUUCACGGCUUCGCAGCAAUCUUAUGCUGACCAGGUGAUAGAUGCCUUGGACCCAAAACGUGCCUUUGUUGCUCAUCGGCUAUACCGCCAACAUUGUACGGAGUUUCACGGUGCCUACUUUAAGGAGCUUGGUCUUCUUGGUAGAUCCUUGUCCAAGUGCGUGCUGAUCGACAACUCCCCUGUCUCCGUCGCCUGCAACGCCGAGAACAGCGUCCUGAUUCGCAGUUGGUACGGCGACUUGGCGGACCAGGAGCUGCUUGCCCUUCGCGAAGUGCUGGAGGACAUGCGACACUCAUCCACUCGAGGCAUCGGAUUUGACAGGUACUUGUCACGACCCCAGAACCUUCACGACUUCCUGCAGGUGCCCUUGGCGGUUCUCCUUCACGACUGCUUAGAACGGCCUGGCCAAGCUCAAACCGGCGCUGGCCAAGGUCAGGGGUGUCGCCCCCGCUGA